AGUGUCCUGCGAGUGGCCUCCCCGCUCGCGGGCCGGGUCUCGCGCCUCUGCGGCUCCUGCUUCCGCUUCGCGGUCACCGGCCCUGCGGCCUCUUGUGAGGACUAGCGGCCUUCCCCGCAGCCGCCAUCUUGAAGGGCAGCUCCAGCUCCAUCUUCCUCAAACCCUGCCCCGGAGCGGCGAGUCUGACAGCCUGGCCAGAGUCCCCCAGCCUCUCAGUCAGUCACACACAGAGCACAGCCACUGACGUGGUCACACCACUCCACUCCCGUAGUGUUCAGUCAUUGACAGUGGCCCUUACACACUGGACACGAUCAUUCACACCGACACCCCACAGUAUCACGUAGUCAAGUUUCAGCUACUUGAGUGAGUGGCAUUCCGCACAGAGUCACACACACAUGGGUUAAAGCCACUCGUCCAGUGUCACUCUACGCUGUCUCAUACAAUCCCUGUAACAAGUACAAUAGAUACUUACUCAUCACCCACUCUGUACCAGGCACUUGGGAUGCUGUUCCUGUCUUCAUCGGGAUAUGGAAACAACUACAGGAGGGAUGUUACCUGUGACGAUGAGAAUGCUAGUGCUGCUGCUGCUGCCGCCCCUGAGUCAGGCUGCCCCCAAGGACGGCACCACAAGGCUGGACCCUGAAGUGCAGCAUCGACCUCUACCCAACCCCUUCCAGCCAGGCCAGGAGCAACUUCAACUUCUGCAGAGCUACCUAAAGGGACUAGAGAGGAUGGAAGAGGAGCCAGAGCACAUGAGCCGGGAGCAGGUCCUCCUCUACCUCUUUGCUCUCCACGACUAUGACCAGAGUGGACAGCUGGAUGGCCUGGAGCUGUUGUCCAUGUUGACAGCAACUCUGGCCCCUGGAGCUUCUGACUCUCCCACCACCAACCCGGUGAUCCUCAUAGUGGAUGAGGUGCUGGAGACCCAGGACCUGAAUGGGGACGGGCUCAUGACCCCUGCGGAGCUCGUCAACUUCCCCGGAGAGGACCCGAGGCACACAGAUCUCAAAGAGCCCCCAGAGCCACAGGAUGUUGGGAGGCAGCCUCUGUUGGCUAAAAGCCCAUCAAGCCAAGAAGCACAUGAAGCCCCAGGUCCCAGAGAAGAAGCUGGGGGACAGGUGGAGGCCAGAAGGGAGUCCUUGGAACCUGUGCAGGAGGCUGGGGGACAGGCAGAGGCUGCAAGCGAAGCCCCAGGCCCUGGAGGGGAGGUUGGGGAACAGGUAGAAGCCAGGGACGCUGGAGAGAGAGCAGAAGAGCUUCCAAGGGAAACACUGGAGUCUAAGAAAACCCCAAAUGAGCUUGAGGUUCAUGCUAUUCAGCUGGAGAAUGAUGAGAUAUAAACCUUGAGGAUACAGGUUUGCACCCCUAGAAGUCUCAGUGCCAGAACAUAAGCCCCGAAGGGUAGGGUGUGUAUGUUAGGACAACAACCACCUCUGUGCCCCCUUCCUGGCCCCAGUAGGUGGCAGGUCUUUCUGUGCAGCUCAGGGAGACCCUAAGUUGAAGGGCAGCUUUAGGGCCCAGACAACCAAUAAAGAACCAAAUGAACCCAUCCCUCUGGGCCAUCGAUCCACUGGUCCAGCCUGCCCUGACCUCAGGCUGCAGGGGGUCGGGACUGGGCAGUCCCCUUGGGAGGGCAGGAAUUCAGUUUACCCAGUGUUCUCAGAUGGUGCUGAGACACAGCAGAGUACAGCACUAGGCCACAGCCAGCUGCAGACAACCGGGGGAAGGGAGCUCAGUCUUUCCCUGGGGCCUAACCACUAGAAUGCCCUCCUGCAGUUCAGGGUAGAUCUUCUCCAUCAUCCUGUAUCUGCUCCCCACCCCUGAAAAUAUUAAUAAUUACCAUUUAUUGAGAACCUA